UGGGUGAUCGGCCGUAAGCCGUAAACCAUUGAUAUUAACAUUUAACGGUAAUGUAUUUGUUAUUCGAUAAUGUAGGUAUUAUAGUUCGUUAUUUUGUUUUGGAUUUUACAUUUACACAUAUUAAAAUAAACGAUCAAUUGGAAAAUAUAUGAGUUUUAUACAUGAUACCUGCUGAAUGAUUCACUAAUGAAAUUGGCAUUUCUCCUAUUCUGUAUUCAAUCAAGACAAGAUGUUUAAGAAUACAUUUCAAAGUGGAUUUUUAUCUAUACUAUAUAGUAUAGGUAGCAAACCAUUACAGCUAUGGGAUAAAACUGUAAGAAAUGGUCAUAUUAAACGUAUAACAGACAAUGAUAUCCAAUCACUAGUAUUAGAUAUUGUGGGUACAAAUAUUAGCACAACAUAUAUUACAUGUCCAGCAGAAAAAACCAAGACAUUAGGAAUUAAACUGCCAUAUUUAAUAAUGAUUGUAAAGAAUAUGAAGAAGUAUUUUACAUUUGAAGUGCAGAUUUUAGAUGACAAAAACAUAAGACGACGAUUCCGAGCUAGUAAUUAUCAGUCAACUACUAGAGUUAAACCAUUUAUAUGUACAAUGCCAAUGCGCCUUGAUGAAGGUUGGAAUCAAAUACAAUUUAAUUUGGCUGAUUUUACAAGACGUGCUUACGGCACUGGAUAUGUAGAAACAUUAAGAGUUCAACUACAUGCCAACUGUAGAGUAAGACGAGUUUAUUUUAGUGAUAGACUAUAUUCUGAAGACGAAUUGCCAGCAGAAUUUAAACUGUUCUUACCCGUUCAAAGUAAAGUUGACCACAGACAGAGAGUAGAUUGAAUUUAAAAAAACGUCCGUAAUCUUUUACGACUGAUAAACAGCAAAUGGCUUUCACCACUUCAACAAUAAUAGACAACUUAGCUCCACCAGACAAAUCCACUUUAUGCUGACCAAAUUCCGCUACUUUAUUUGCUAGUUCUUCAAUAACUGUACUGCGUGGCACUGAAUUGUUAUAUCUAUGACUAAAUAUGUAUAAAAUUGUAUUGAAUAAUAGAAAAAUAGGACCGCAAAAUUUUUAAAUUUUAAGAUUAAAUUUUUUACUUGAAAACAAUAGCGAAUGUAGUUGGUUCUGUGGUGAAGUAUUUUGGAAACAACUCAGUACAAGCUGAUAUUAUGGAUGAUACAUUUGCCUAUAAGAAUAUAAGUUACACAUAUUUAUAUCACA